UCUGUGUCCAAAAGGAGAAUUUAAAAUAAAACCAAAAACAAGAGAAUCUUCAUUUCUUGUUCAUGUUUUAUAUAUUUAUUCUAUCUUGUUCAUCUGUAGGGGUAUUAUUAUAUGAAAAGGCAUGUAGUGAGGGCAAGGUGUUUCUCAUUCAAACAAACCUAUCAUGCCUUUCUAAAGUAGUAUUCAUCUCUCUCUCCCCCCCCUUUAAAGGCUUCUCGAUCAGUUCUUUGAUACCUUCCUUUCUUGUUCAAGGCCACUACUUUUGAUCCAUCUUCUCCCCUCAGUUGCAUGUGCUUUCAGGCAGCUAGCUGUAUUCGAUAUUAAAUUGAUUAGUGCAUACGAGAUGGACAAGGUUUUGAAUCCAUAUGACAAGGAAUGCAUGAAGAUGGCAAUGUUGAGGCAGGAAGAAAUGUUCAAAGAGCAGGUGUUUGAACUCCAUCGCUUGUAUCAAAUCCAAAAGAUGCUGAUGAAGAACGUCUCAAGUCAAAGUAAACGUAACGAAGAAAAGGUUGAUCAGUACAUGAACUUUUCACAUGAUAUGCGUCAACCAGCAGUGCAGGUACUUGAUUUGGAACAGCCUGCUGAAGAAAAGAUUGGUGCGCCAGAGGUGGGAGUUGAGAGUGAGAUUGAGCUGACAUUAGGCCCGUCAAAUUAUUAUCCAAGAAGAAAAGCAGCCGAGACACCAAGGACUACUUCAGAUUCUGGGCUCAGUUUUUCUUCUUCUUCGACUGGCUCUAGCGAUAUAAAGAGGACAGAUUCCAAGAUUCAGAGAAUGACAGAUAGGAGAACAGAGGAAUUAACAGCGCAAAAAUGGGGACUUGUUGAGGUAUCUAAUUCGAACCCGAGUUUUUUGAGCGGGAGAAGAAACAGUUCUGAUAUGGAACAAGAUAGACUACAGCAGCCCCCUUGGAUGUUCCCAGUUCUAAGCCUGAAAAUGACUUAAAGCCUAGUACUACUUGGUAUCUGAGAAUUAACUUUAGAGUUUUAUAUGUACAUUACUAAUUCUGUGAGUAAUUUUAUGUUAUUGUGUGAACUUCAUUUAGUAGUAUCAUGGCCGGGUUUCAGAGUUCUGUGUGAAGAUUAGUUGUUUCCCUAGCUUUCGAAAACCCAUUACAGUCUGUCAAGUGAGUGAUGUUUCAAAUAACUUUCUAAUCAGAAGUUUUCCUGCA